ACUUGGCUACCAAACAACUCAACAGACUUCUUAACCUUCUGCAAAAACUGGGGACUGAUACCUUAUGAUCUAUCCGUUAUACGCUUCUGCUUGGCGUUAACUUUUAAGGGCUGCAAAAAUGGUGUAAUUUCUCAAUUGAAUUGCCUUUCUGUCAAGAAAUUGAGGGCUUUCUGCUCAUAGAGAAACUGCAAUUCCAAUGGGGGAGUUCGAUGAUGGAGAGUAUGCAGGGAUUAAUGAGGUUACAUCACCCAGAGAAAAUAAUGCUAGGAAAGUUUCAGUCUUGCCUUUACUUUUCCUCAUUUUCUAUGAGGUUUCUGGUGGUCCUUUUGGUGUUGAGGACACUGUGCGGGCAGCUGGUCCUCUUCUUGCUCUUUUGGGGUUCUUGGUUUUCCCAUUCAUAUGGAGUGUCCCCGAGGCAUUGAUUACAGCUGAAAUGGGCACCAUGUUCCCUGAAAAUGGUGGCUAUGUUGUGUGGGUUUCAUCGGCUUUAGGUCCUUAUUGGGGCUUUCAGCUAGGUUGGAUGAAAUGGUUGAGUGGAGUCAUUGACAAUGCGCUUUACCCUGUUUUGUUCUUGGAUUAUCUGAAAUCAGCCAUCCCUGCAUUAGGUGGCGGGCUUCCUAGAGUACUAGCAAUUUUGGCCCUUACAGUGGUUCUUACUUACAUGAACUACAGAGGCUUAACUAUUGUAGGAUGGGUUGCUGUUUCGCUUGGUAUACUGUCAAUUCUUCCUUUUGUGGUUAUGGGGCUCAUUUCGAUUCCCAAAUUAAAGCCUUCAAGAUGGUUAGUGGUAGAUGUACAAAGUGUUGAUUGGAACUUGUAUCUGAAUACUCUCUUCUGGAAUCUGAAUUACUGGGACUCAAUAAGUACUCUUGCUGGAGAAGUACAUAACCCAAAGAAGACUCUACCUAAGGCUCUCUUUUAUGCUGUUAUUCUAGUUGUUCUGUCCUACUUUUUCCCAUUGUUAAUUGGUACAGGAGCUGUUCCUCUUGAGCGUGACUUGUGGACUGAUGGCUAUUUCUCUGAUAUUGCGAAAAUACUGGGCGGAGUCUGGCUCAGAGUUUGGAUUCAAGGGGCGGCUGCAACAUCAAAUAUGGGAAUGUUUGUGGCCGAGAUGAGCAGCGACUCUUUUCAAUUACUUGGUAUGGCAGAGAGGGGGUUGCUGCCUGAGUUCUUCUCUAAGAGAUCUCGUUACGGAACUCCUUUAUUUGGGAUCCUCUUCUUAGCUUCUGGUGUGAUUUUACUUUCAUGGCUGAGCUUUCAAGAGAUAGUAGCUGCAGAAAAUUUCUUGUAUUGCUUUGGCAUGAUCUUGGAAUUUAUAGCAUUUGUAUUGUUAAGGAUAAAGUCCCCCCAUGCACUACGCCCAUUCAAGAUACCUGGGGGAACUGUUGGAGCCAUCCUAUUGUGUAUACCUCCAACCAUUCUCAUAUGUGUUGUUUUGGCCUUGUCUUCAUUCGAAGUCAUGGUUGUAAGCCUUGCCGCCGUUGCAAUUGGUUUGGUGAUGCAACCUUGUCUUAAGCUUAUCGAGAAUAAGAGAUGGUUGAAGUUCUCUGUUAGUUCUGAUCUUCCUGAUGAUAUUACAACACAUGAACCUUUACUUCGUUGAUUCCCUAAUAAGUGCUUUAUAAGGUACAACUACUCCACUAAUCAUGACAACAGUGACAAUAUGGAAUCUUCAAAUGCAGAAUUAUCAUGGAAUGCAUGGAAAACAGUGUGAAACCAGUAGAAGUGGUUGUCAAGGUUUGGAUGAUCCUUCUCUUUAAGAAUCUUAUCGAAGCUUCUAAUCUCGUAAGCUUUAUUUGUCUCUCUCUUGUACCUAUUUUUUUAGUGUCCAUAGCUACAAUUUCUAGAGCAUCGAUAGCAGAAGAGGUUUAUCGAAGGUUUGAUGAUCCUUUUUCUCUUUAUGGAUCUUAUAAUGGUAGCUUCUACUUUUGUAUUCUGUAUUUCCCAUCACUUGUGCCUAUUUUAUAUUAGUGUCAAGUAGUAUUAGUGAUGGUCAUUUAGGAAUUGCUUCAGAAACAGACGGUGAUUUGUUUUUAUGAAGUGACUUCAUUACUUGUGUAAUGCACAUUGAGCUAAUAACAAUGAUAAUAGUGGAGCUGCAACUGAA